AUGGCCAACAACAACCAAGAAGCUUGGAAUCUGACCGCAGCCAUGCAAGAAACCCCGAAGCACUUCGUCUUCCUCGCUUGCUUGCCCGGCACAGUACUGAGCGGAAACUCCGCGGCGACCCUUCUUGCAGCAGUCAUACAGCCGGAAGACCCCAGCACGUUUCUCUGCCACUGGAUCAACCGAUCAGCUCUUGAGGCCGCAGAUGGGACCAAUAGAUGCUCGACGGUGACGACGUUUCGAGACUGCCCGAAGCUGGUGAUGCUCAUCAGCCCGGCGGAGAUAUUACGGCUUGGAGACUGGUGCAUUCGAUCCCUCCCUCAAGAAGAAACUUACUUCACUUAUUCCCCCAAAAUUCCCUGUCAGUUUUACGCUUACGUUGGGGACGUGAGCACGAUGUACAACGGCAUGUGCCAGAUCUCGCACAACACUCAAGAGGACCUGUACUGGUGGGCACCCCCGGCCUUGGGACUUCCCUUCACUUUGGGAGUACACUGGACCGAAUCAGAUUGCGUGUUCUCCUACGAGCACCAGAUACCACUGCAGAGACCAAACAUACCUUUGUCGGCACCUUUCCAUCACAACCCGACCCUAAGCCAAAACCAGCUCCCGAACCCAAGACUUAUACCCCAGACUUCUGGACAGAUGGGUUACACAGGCUUUCUCAGCAGCCAGUAUCAAGCCAUCCGGUCAGAUGGAAUGAUGCAUUCGUCAGCUAGUAUGCCUCCGAUAGGCAAUUUCAGAGACGAAGUAGAGAUGGAGAGCGAAAACUAG